UGGCAUAGUUGUCAAACACUAAGUGUCAAAAUGUGAUACAGGCGUUGCAGAUAGUUUCCUCAAUAUUUAUUUGUAUUUUUUAUAAAUUCUCGUAGGGACAGUAUUUAAACAUAAAAUGGAAACAGUACCCGAAAUUCCAAGAUGUUUUGGAAUGUUUCAUCCUAAAUAUGCGACCUAUCUAAUAUCAUUGUUUGGAUUAUCUUCUGGCGGUGUUGGUUUAGCGGGAAUAGUACUAUACGGGCUCGUGGAGGACAGUAUUGUAGCGCACGUCGUGAAAAAUGACAAGACGGAUGACGUGAUAAAGAAAGCUGUGCUACUGAGCAUCGGUUUGACUUCCCUCUUACUAUUUAUCGCCAGUUUGCUGCUGUUUCUCGGAUCGGCAGUCAAGUCCACUGGUUACCUCUUCAUAGGCUGUUUUCUACUCCUUAUCAUGUGUAGCCUACUGAUUAUAGCAGCAAUCGCAGCACCGGUAUCUUGUUUUUUUCUCCCAAAAUCGUGUGUGAUUAAAAAAUUAUCGUCCGUAUUGUUGGUAAUGGCUUAUUUAUUAUUAACGGUUUUUCUAUGGGUGUGGAUAUAUUUUAUGACUGUUGCC